UUGACGCAUGCGCCACACUUUACAAUCAGCUGUCAGAGAGAAUUUUAAUCACGUAAAAAACAAAAUUAUUUGUGUCUCUAGAUAAUUCCCGUCAACAUGGCGGGCCAAAAUCCAGGAUCUCCAACUGACUUCCAAUAUUUCUACGAAGAUGAAGUUUAUAAAAUAAAUAACCGCGGCCAAGUCGUCUUCGGUCUUGUUCUCGAAAACUAUGAAGCAAAUUCUAGCGACCAAGAGAGUGACAUUGAAACUCCUGUUCAAAAAGGAGAAAUUCGAGUUGUGUGGCACCCUUCAGGAACCGAAAGAGUAGUUUCUGAAAAGUCGGUUGGACUUGCUGACCGGUCAUUGAUGCCAGGAGAUGUAGUCCGUCGUCUUAUAGCUGGCAAAGACACCCAGCGAGGAUACUGCAGAGACAUUGAAAUGACUGCAGCUCUCCAGAUAGUUGGAACCAAACAUGUUAUACCAAAUGUGGCCAGUGAAAGACUGCAACCCUUAGAAGAAUUCACUCCAGAUUUAGCUGUGUGUCUUGAUUCUUGGGUUGGUACUUCAAAGGCUGUACAUAGUAAACUUCGCCUAGUGUCAGCUGAUGGAUCCCGUUUAGAAUAUCCAGACCUUGAUACAUGUCCACUAGAAGACUAUUCCAUGCGACGUCGUCGUGGAACCCCUUACUCAUCAGCGGAGUUUUAUCCAGGGCAGGUGGUCUAUGGUCCAAUAGGGACGCUGGAUAAUGCUAAUUGGCUUAAUAUGACCAAGGAAAUGAAGUCUGCAAGGAAACAUAAAAUGCAUGAUCACAAGUUCACAGUGGAAUCAGUGAUCACAGAAAGCGUGAGCGUCCAUUGGCAAUGCCGAGCCUACAGCAAUAGUACUGAUGACACUGCACAGCCACAACCCAAGUUUCUUGUUGACGAUCAAGACUUAAAGAGACUGAAAUUGCUGAAUGUGUUCGAGCCGUGCACCCUGCAAGUGGGCGAUCGAAACUUCUUAACCAUUAACUCUGAAGAUACGUUCAUAACAAAGAAAUUGUGGCGGAAACAGCAAAGUAAACACUUUAGAAAUCUGCGAAAACAGAGUCGGAUAUCGAAUAAGUCGUCGAAAACCGACGCCUCGCAGGAACACAUGCCGUCUCGGCCAAAGAAGAGGGCCUCUUCACAUCGGAAACACAAGUCUGGCGUGAAUGAAAUGGAGGUCGACACAGCCGAUGACACGCUUGAAAGUCUCGACGAUACAUUAAAAAUUAAUUGUCCCAGUAUUAAAAUUGAACCCAGUGGAGAUGUCAGUCUCCAAAAUGAUGAUAAUGCAGCUGAGGAGAAAAACGAUUCUGGUAUUAGUCCCGAACCUGCAAAAGAAGAUGGCAGCCUGUUAAACGGGGACAGAACUAUGGAACAGCUCAAUGAUGAUGAUUCAGAUAAUUGGGAGAAUACUAGCAGCGAUGGAAGCGAUACAGAUAGUGGUGCCACCUGGUCUUCACGCUGUUCGUCAGUGGCAUCUGGCUCUGGUCGGGGCAAACGUUCGCCUCAGUUGGCCGUGCGUUUGUUGAGGGGGAAACGCCUGAAGAGGGCGCCUCGUCGCGCUCCCCCGGCCCCGCCCCCUCGGGUCAAUGACCGCGUGGUGGUGGAGACCUUGCACACAACCAGCCGCGCUAAUGUUGUUUGGCAGGACGGCACCAUUGAAAUGGGAAUACCGUCAACCCAGCUGUACCCGAUUCACCACCUUGAUGGCCAAGAGUGCUUCCCCGGAGACUUCGUCGUCAAUGGCGCAGCUAACGUCGAAGACAAUCAGAAUAAGCAUAGAGAAUAUGGCGUGGUACAACGCGUGGAUCAUCACGGACGCACUGCAAUCGUUCAUUGGUAUCUCACUUACACCAGCGCCGAUGACCCUGUGCCUCAAAUGUUGUACAAAAGCGAAAUGAGCGUUUACGACCUGAAGGACCACCCUGACUUCCAGUACCGGCCUGGGACAGUUGUCAUCAGAGUGGCCAACUUCACUGGAGAAGAUGCCACUUGCACUGCUGGACAGGUGAUAGACAACUUCCCCUCGGGCCGUGUUAAAGUAUGGUGGGUGGACGGACAUACAAGCAUGUGCUGGCCGCAAGAUCUUUACAAGGUAGGUGAAUACGAUUCAGACGAAGGAGAGCUAUGGGGCUCCGAAGGGUCAGGCUCUGAAGAAGACGAAUCUUGGGAAACGCAGAGUUCUCCGCCCGAUGGUGAGCCGCGUACGCCCGACACGCCAGCUAUCGGGCCUGGCAAUACUAAUGGGGAUCCACUGGAACUCCCAAGCGAUGCAUCCGCCAUGACGCUGGAUGGUUCUCGAGAGUUGGUACCAAAACUGUUAGAGCCACGUGUGGCAGCUCACAUCGAACGCGGAAGAGUGGCCAUGCACAAGCUGGAGCAGAUAUUUGCAGAACAUCCUACGCUGCAGAGUCAGGAGAUAAUGCGAAAACUAUUGAACUUGUACAAGGAGUGCCGCUUCUUGGACCGACUGAUGGGUACGACCUUCUUCCACGAGGAUCAUUUCUUGGGCCUUAUAGAGCGCGUAAAAGAGCGCGGUGCGAAUACGCCCCGAGCGGGCGAACGACGCGUGCACGAGCAGCUCGCUCGUCUUUUCGCAACGGAAUCCCAGACUAGCGCACCUGACACGCCCAACGAAGACAUGUUCAGUGAACACGGCAAGGCGAUUGUGGCCGCUAAUGUCACCGUUGAACCUAUGGAGGUUGACGUCAUUGUAUCAAAGAAACCGUCUCUUCAUUUAAAUCUAGAUUCGAUGCAGGCUUCGAGUUCGGAGACCAGUGUCAAAACCGACUGUAAAUCUCUUAGUAAAAAUCCUUCAAAGAUGAGUGAUCCAGAGGCACCUAAUCGCAACGUCUGCUACAAGCUGUGUUCUCUCAUAUACGCACAACUCGUCAAGGCUCACGCUGAAGUCAGCCGGAGAAGGCCGGCACUGCUGGCCUCAUUCCUUAACAACUUAAUGAUACGGAAUGUUAACGCCGAAGAGAAGUUACCCUACCACUUUUCAGUUCAAUAUGGGGCGUUGGUGAUUUCGAUGACGGAUAAUAUAGAAAAAGAAGCGGAGAAGAAUGACGAGACCAAGGAUUCUUCUACUACGAAGUCUGAUGGUUCAGCACCCGACUCAGCUCCCCUGGCGACAGCCGAAGGUGAUAUAGACACAGAUGCGGUGGGAGACACAGAAUCGCCCCCUGGUGGUGAGGGAUUCUGUGUCCUGGAGUCGGCUCCGACCAACCACAGGUUCAGACUAUCAAUCCUUCAGCCCAGUGAACCACGGAGCUUCUACUCGGCUGUCAAACGAGAGAUCAAACUUCUGAAGAGUGAUCUACCUUCUGGGGUGUGGGUCCGUGGAUAUGAAGACCGUAUCGAUCUGUUAUCGGUUAUGAUAGCAGGCCCAACGCGAACACCCUACGAGGGCGGUUUAUUCGUGUUCGAUGUACAGCUGGGAGGGGAGUACCCUCGGGCACCUCCCUUGUGCCACUAUCAUUCCUAUUGCAGCGACAGGCUAAAUCCUAAUUUGUAUGAAGAUGGCAAGGUAUGCGUGUCCCUGCUUGGAACGUGGUCAGGUCGCGGUGUCGAAGUUUGGGGGAAGGACAGCUCCCUGCUGCAGGUCAUCGUGUCUCUUCAGGGGCUCAUUUUGAAUGCGGAGCCCUACUUUAAUGAGGCUGGCUAUGAGAAACAGAAAGGCACACAGCAAGGUACCGAAAACUCUCGUAUGUACAACGAGAUGGUACUUCUAAAGCUCGUACAGUCUAUGACCAAGAUGGCCGUGAAUCCGCCGGAACCGUUCCGGGAAGAAGUUAUCGAACACCUGCGGUCCACGGCCGCAGAUCUCUGCAAGCGUCUCGAAGGGUUAGUGGCACUUUCGAAUCAGCAGCCCACAGAUGUAACUUCCCCGGAUUACCCCCUCGUUCCGGCCUCCCGGGGUUUCUGCUUAACGCUCAGCUCGUCCUUGGAAUCGUUCCGCAGCGCUCUACGCCGCAGCGAAAUCCUCCAGUUAUAGCCGGAGUGAGUUUGCGAUUUGUUAAAUUUUAUUUUUCGAGGAUUCACAAUAGCAUGCAUAAUUUUAGAAUAGUUAGGAUUUGAAUUUUCAUGCCGCGUUUGGCGUCGGCGAAUGUUGAAGUGGACUUUUGGGAAAUGUAGCGUUUUAACAACUUUGUUAAAAAAUGCACGCUGACAGCGUACGUAUACGUGUACGCUGUACGCAACUACAUUAUAAGAGUUUUGUUGUAAAAAAAUAAGUUAGGUCUCAGUAUGUAUUUUCUUUUUCAAAUAUUUAGGCCCGUAUUCCCAUAGGUAACACAAUAUCCACCGCACUGUCGAAUAUGUCAAAGUGUCACUGUCAAAAUUACUUGACAGUUCUUAAAAGCUGGUUUCAGUUUUCUAGCGGGCCUAAAAGUAUCUAUUUCAACUCGUACACAAGGUGUUCGAAGACGUUCUUGAACGUCUAAUAAUAGGCAAAUACGUACGCGUAUUAAUUUUCUACGUGUAGUCGAGUCGAUUAUACAUAGAUUUUGCCUUUAAAAUGUUUUUUUUUUUUUUUUUUUUAAUAUAAAAGUAAUAUUGGCUAAGCAAAAGUAAUAAUUUACUUUAAAUAUUCGCCGACGCUAUUUGAACCGUAUAGUUAUAGUAUUUAUUGUGAUUCGAUUAGAUCUUAUUGGCGUUUUAGUUAUUUCGAUUUUAAUUUUGAUCUGUCCCCCAUAUUGUUUGCGAUAUGGAUGUUACAGUAUGUUAUUUUACAUUUUAUUUGGGCUACUUUUGAUUCAGAAUGAGGUUUUAAUGUCAUAAGACUGGUUUUGCAUUUUUGUGUUGUCUCAAAAGUUGCUUAAAUUUAAAAUGGGUCGUGGUUUAAAGCUCUUCAAAAAAUAUCCAAUCAUUCUUUCAUACUUUCAGCUUUUUUUUUUUCAUUUAUGUUCAUAAAGUAUAAACAUAUUGUCUAUUGUCUUUAAAUGUCAUAAAAAGUACAGUAAACUCCUCUAUAACGCGUUUUCGUAUUCGAUUUCCGUCCUCCAUAUAACGCGGUAUUUCCCCCUAUAACGCAGAACAUUCUCAAGUUAUAUUUCUGUAGAGAGAAAUUUAAAAUGAUUUUCAAGAUCAUAACAAAUUUUCGUUACAUUGCGCUUGUUUCCAUUGUUUUGUUAAAAAAAUAAACUAAAUAACUUUAUUAAAUUCGUGUUGCUUAUAUAUAUUAAAAACUUUAAUUGGGUACGUGAAUACUACUACGCGAUUUCCAAAUCGCGUUGUAGAAGUAUCCUCGUAUUAUAAGAAUAACGCGGUCCGAGUCCACCCCGUUAUAGAGGGGUUUAUUUACAAUUGCAAAAGAAUUGUCAAACACAUAAUCUAGUUUUUAUUUUUUAAAUUUAAGCCACGACAAAAUUAUUCCGAAUUGUUCGUUUUCAUACGAAAAUCGUAGUUUUAUUGAAUUAUUUAUUUUAUGUAUUUAGAAGCAAGUACUUAUAUCACGCGGUUCAGCCUUCUAAUGAAUUUGUUACGACUGUGAAGUUAGUUUUAGAAUUAGCAAACAGCCGUGUUUAAGUACACUCGACUAGAAUUAGAAAUGUCAUGUAUGCCCCAAAAGCGAGCAAGGGACGUCUAUUUCAAAAUCCAUAUAAAAUAAAUAUACAAUAGAAAAACAUAGGUAAAUUUACCAAGAUCAAUUAUGAAUUUAGUAAAAUUAUAAGCAAUUUAUUUAAGUUUUAAAACUAUGUAUGCCUCUUUUUAUUGCUGUGCCCCUUGCUAGGAUUUGGGGCAGCUAUGUAAAAGUAAAAAUUUCGAUUAGUGACAACUUUUUUAAAUUAAUGAACUCCACUUUAUCGUUCCUCUUGUUACCUAUUUUUAUUAUAAAAGCCCGAUUAGGUAUUUUCUAUUUAUAAGUAAAAAGAGAAAAAUGAAAAUGCGCUGUGCGUGUAAAAAAAUGUAAUAUUAAUGAAAUAUGGGAUUCGUUUUAGUAUCGAGAUUAUAACUUAAUACCCUCAUAACGUGGCCUUUUUUUACUAAGACCUACUGGCCUCAAAGUAGUAGUACUUACUACCUCUCUCACCAUACCAUGUUACCAUGGUUACGAUUUUUCAUAAACAAAUUAUUAGAAGGCCGCAGUAGUUCAACAAGCUUUAAAGUUUAAACGUUUGCGCACAUAUUUGUAUGAAAAAUGUUACUUAGCACGCUUUUCUUCUCAAUAUCAAUAGCGAUUUUAAUGAUUAAUGAUGUCGAAAUAUAAUUACAAUGAAUUGCAGUUCAUAUCUUAAAACUACGAACGAAAACAGUAUUAAAAUCCGUGUAACAUUUUUCAAAGAAAUAUCGUGACUGAAUUCAUACAAAAUGGGAAAUUAUUAAAAGAUUUAUAAUCAUUUUCAAUUUGUCAAAAAAAAUUAAAACGUUGAGUGAAAUCUGCAAUUUUUAGCUAGCAACACUGGUUGCUUUUAACGUCCUACUCAUAAUAUAACAACAUACAUAUUACGCAUGUAACACGUUGUUCUUCAUAAGUUAUUAAACACGCAGCGAUUCUAUAAUCUAGCCAAUGUUCAAGGAAUGCACUUUUGUGGUCAGUGGGUCAAAUGUAUCAAUAUUAAAGUGAUAAGCCAGUGAUCAAAAUUGCCGUUUUGAGGAUAUUUGUUUCGUUUUUUUUAAAGCUUAUAGUGUAUCGGCGGGUGUCCGCGAACCGCUUGCACAAAAGUAAUGUAACUUCAUGCCAAAGUCAAUUGAGCUAUGAACGGCUUCUGUCGCUUGUGUACACGAUAAGUGACAAUUAAUAAAUAAAAUUCUUCAACCUCA